UCCAGGAUUAUAAAUAUAUUUAUUUAAUCUAGUCACCCACAAACGUAGCAUUGCAAUCAAACAGCGGAGCUCAGCUUUUGAGAUUUAUGUCUUGCACAUUCACGCAGAGCCCCACGCAGUCUUUAUAUUUCAAUCGCUUAAGGAGGUUGCUGUUGUUGUUUUUAAAAAUUGCGCUCUGUACCUUUUAAAGGAAAACACGCAUAUGUACAUAAUGAGGGGGACGUUUUCCCCUUUAAAAACAUUAAUCUCUUAUUUAUUGAGAACCACAGACAUUUACUGAACGAGCACGUUUUAGUCAAAUAUAAGGGGAUUGUUUUUGUUGUUAUUAUUAAAAAGGCAAGAUUGAUGUACAGUAUUGAGCCAUAGUAACACACAUACACGCAGAAAAGACACGUGCACUCAAGGCAGAGGUAAGGGCGCCUUGCGCUGAGCGCCUAGGCACAGCCCCCCUCCUCCCGCCCGCCGGCUUUUCGGAACUGGAAGCUCUUCCCUUUGCGGAUUAUUCCCCCCCAAUGCCGAUUGACCGCCUGCCUUGCUAAUGUGGAGGCAGGGAACUCCGGGGCGGGAGAGUCUUCUGUCAACAGGCAGGGAAAUGAGAUGCUAAAAAGACUCCGGUGUAGUUCCUUGGGCAUCGAGGAGCUUCCUGAAGCGGGCUGGCCUUGGGGCGGGGGGAGACAAGGAAAGAAGACUGGCAGCAGCAAAGAGCUCUGGGGCUGUCAAUGUUUCCAAAGCAAGCCUUCUUUCUGUUAAUAAUGCGCAUGACCCUAAGGAAGGGCAGUGCAUGCCUUUCCUCCCAGGCUGGUCCAUUGCGUAGGAUAGGUCACCAGGGAGAUGUCUCUCUCCCCCCACACCUUGGGAGGGGUAUCUCUAAGCCUUGGUUAUAUAAAGUUUCCCCCUUGGUGCUUUCUUUGCCGCCACCCCUCCCGUCAGCAGAUUCCAACUGUCCUAGCUCAAAUGGGUCCUAAUCCGACUCUAGGGGAGAUUAAAGAGCCAGAGAUAGCUGUAUUUAGGAUUACCAAAACGAAAUGAAGGAAUCUAAUCCUCCACCUCUCUCUUUCCCCCACCCCUUCUCUCCCCCCAUGUAUUUUCUAGUUUUAGUCAUGAUUUCUCUCUGUCUUUCUCUCUCAGACCUCAUGUUACCUUUGGGUGUUUUUUUAAAUAAACGACAUGAAAUACUUGGGAGGAAGGGAGACGCGGCUAGACGGAUCUCGAAUGGCGCUUAUGCUUAUGGCUUGGUGGAAAUUCACUGGGUCAAGCCACGCCGGAAGACAACUGAAGGUGAUGGGUUAAGAAGGGACGGGUCGCCAAGUGCCCCUGGAUCUCCGAGGGGAGAUUAUAGUUCCUUCGAGUUCUUCGCCACGUGGUAGAAACUGGUUAAUAGCGAGCAUCCAGCUGUCCGGACUACCUAAGGCCUAACGGAAAGAUACGAGGAAAGUGGAAGCGAUCAUAUCUUCUAUUAAAAACACUUGGCGUGUAGGAAAUGGUUCUGUUCUGAUAGCAAUGCACAGCCCUUUCCGGAGAUACUAGCCCAAAUAAAUUAAAAUAAAAUGGAAUUAAUAUUAGGGGCUUGCAUUUUUUUCUCCUUCAAACAAAUGAGAAUAAUAUUCACCUAGAACAGUACAUCCAGAUCGAAUGGGUUUUGAUGGUGUGGGGGACAGAAGUGUGCAGUGUCAGAGACCAAGUUGGGUGUGUGCGUUGUGGAGGAAAUAGUUGGAAUAUUGUUGAAAAAUUCUGCCUGGAGAUUAGGACUCCUUUUUGGCUGUCAAUAAUCUCCUCGUGGAAUCAGUAGCGAAGCCUCCCAUGAAUUCUACGGUUUCUGGAUCUGCAGCAGUGGUGUAGUGGAAUAUUUCAUUUUAGAGCAGGGGCUGUGACGUAAUCUCCUGGAGCGAUUGCUUCGUGUCUUGUAGUGAUGAUGUAAUCUCUUGAGAUGAUGAUGCUAUCUCCCCGGGCAAUUUCCCGCGCCCCAAGAAGCUAAACUAAGGAAGAGGCUGGUUACGUUGGCAUAGCUGCGGGUUAAAGGUUAAACUGCCCCUUUUAAUUUGAAACAUCCCAAAAAAGAAAGAAGUCCUUUUCAUUAUGACCAAGCUUUUGAGUCCUCCAGAGCUCCUCAUUAGGCUGUGUUAAGCCAAGUGGGAGUGAGAUUAAAACCUGACUUGGUCUUGAUACCACACUGUCUGCACUGGUCAAAGUUGGUAUCGGUUUGUCUAGGGCGCGGCUAUGGGGACUUUACUGUGGGGACACGAAGAGCGCCUGCACUUCAGAAUUUGCCGCUGACUGUGAGCUGCCCCACUUUGAAUUCCAGGCCAGCUCCAUUGCUUAUAGUUCCUUAUAGUUCCUAGUUGCACUGCAACCCAGCCUACGUGACCGGUGGUGGGGAUUUGAACGAGUUUCCCGUCCCCUUAUUCCGAGGCAGCUCCUAUAGCUCAGUAGGAGGCAGCUCCUAUAGCUUCUACAGCAACAGCCAGCGAGGCAUUUCUCCGGACAGGGCCGCGCUAGGGGGCGGGAGAACAGCGCUCCGAGUCCAAGGUGUUCUUUGUGAUUUCGUCACAAGGGACAUUAGCAUAUCAAUGGGGGAGAGGAAGAACUACGCGCGGGGGAGUGAGUGGACGCCUUGGCCCUCCCUCUUCCCUUCCUUAGCUUUGCGGUGGAUCUCCAAGCCAUCCAAUCCUAGGCUAGGCUAAAAGUGCAAAGAAAGGCAACGUGUGUGGACCACCAGGUCCAUCCCUUUGUCUCCCCAGCCCUUUUGGCGGACAGAAACCAUAAGCACCCCCGGUCUCUUCCCACACUCGGGUCCCCAAGGCACCCUUAGACACUCCAACCCCCACCGCACACUUUAAAGCACACCCACCCAAAGAAUGGGAGGAACUGUAGUUUCUUAAGGGUGCUGGGAAUUGUAGAUCUCCCAGGAGCAAACUACAGUUCGCAAUUUAGGAGGGAGGACGUGCGUUUCAGUUCUUCCUUGGCGGCUUUGGGAAAGCCUCGGGUUUUCGCCUGUAAAAUGGGAACAAGGCUGAUAGACCUUACUGAGCGGCUGAAAAACACUCAACACCCAAGGAGCUUCUCAGGCGACGGGGUGGGCAGAAAGAAACGUUGACAUUGCUUAAUUUCCUUCACUUCGCUUUUCCUGUGUCUGGGAAGUUUGGAAGAUCAUUAAUGACCCCAUCUCGAGGACUGGAAGUAGCAACAGCGGCAGUGAUAUUAUUUCGAGUAAUUUGAUCAAUACUUGGUCAACGCUCGUGGGCCGAAGUCGAAGCGCUUUUGAGAUCAAUUCGAUUUGAUGCGAGAGUGAAGCUCGCGUCCGCCUCCCCUUGAAAUCCAGUGGACUGAAAUGUGCUGGCCUUUGGUGCGAUUUCCCUGAUCUCUCCACCCUUUUGCGAUCCUCUACACGCUUAACACCCCUUGGACUCAAAGGGUCUCACUUCUGAGAUGACACGUCUAGCGUUGCUCGGCCAGUGUUUGUUGUCGCUCUCAGACGUCACCAAACUGGCUUUUCCUCUCUCUCCCUGACUCGACCUUGUCGGCUUCUCCCUCGCGAUCGCUUUUCUCUCCGCCUACCUUCAGCCUCCCGUCUUGGUCCCAGAUCCACGCCAAACGGAUGUAAACGUUAUGGCAAUGGGGGGUGGGGGUGGGAUAAACUGAAAAAGGAGAAAUUGCUGUUGAGCGAUACAGCUGUUACGAAAUCUCACACAAAUAAACGGCGCGCCCUGCCUUUCUCAACCACUUUCAAAGAGAAAAGAACAGGGGGGAAAAGGAAGGGAAGAAAGAUCUGAACUCGAGGAUUUAAAACCCAGCCUGGAGUCGCUCACAAGCGGAUGCUCAGUCUGAGUGGACGCGUGUUUCUGUGCUCAAUACAAUAAUACCGCGCUCGCCUCUGGCUACUGAGCUGGAGACGAAGCGCCACUUAGGCUGCAAUCUAGGCAGCGAGUCCCAUUGAACUGAAUGGGGCUUACUUCUAACAGGAAACGUAUCAGCUUCCAUAAAAGCAGGUCCGAAUCUAAACACGUGGUUUGAACCUGCGGGUCAACCAAGGGAGAGUUUCGGAAGGCUGCCCUAUGAACUGGGAGUAAAUCUGAUUGAAAUCAACGGGACUUACUGCGGAGUAAAUAAGAGAGCGGAGCAGGUGGUCGUUGUUGCUUUAACUGCCUGCCGCAGAAUAACUCUUUGCUAUUCUUUUUUUUUUUUUAGUGGACAAGAAAUGAGAAGUCAGGUUUUGCCUUGCCAGAUUAAAAAAAAAACCAAAUGAGUGAGUAAAGUUUACGAUUAAAAUAUUGGUCUCUAGUGGUCUCUCUCCCCUGUGUUCUUCAAAACACAGGCGCGCGCACCAGCUAGGCAAAGUAAACUCUUGUUCUAAGUUGCUAGUGCUGUCGAUGGAAAUGAGGUGGUCAAGAAGAAACAGUGGCCAAGGCCUCGGCUUUGCCUCCCUCCCAAUGAAGCAUUAGAGAGGCCCUUUUGUGGCUGCAGCAGCGGCAGCGCACCAUUUUGACCUGGAAAGGCACAACAACAUCCUGCUUUGCUUGAGCUGAAUUCAAAAAGCCUGAGGGAUGUAAACGCGGGGUAGGAGGGUAGGAGGCGCGGGAAUCACCCAUUCUGAAUCUGUUUCUAGAAAAUCCAGGCUAACAGCCAUCGCGGAAAGGGGGAGGGGGGGAGAGGCGGACAAAAAGAAAAAGAAAAGUCCAGGGCUGCUGCAAAAAUUCCCUUUCUGACCGGGAUGUGAAAAGGGGCUUUACAUUCUGUGUGAAAUCUCCGUUGUUGUUUGGCAAACAAUGGGCGACUGGAAGGCUGAGGGAAUGAAUAGGCAAUCCGCAGGAUGCGUGCGGGUCAGUGCUUGGGGUCUCCGUCCUAAAGCCCUCUUUCUCAGCUUGCCACAAUAAAGUAGCAUGAGGUUUUAAGGCUUUGCUGGGUCACCGGCCAUCUCCUAUUAUUCUACACUUCACAACAACAACACACACACACAAUCCAGGCCCCCCCCCCCCCGUUAAUCAGCACUGACCAGAGGCCCUUUUUGGAAACAAGAGGAGCAGAGUUGAAGAAAGACUCUCUCUCUCUCUCUCUCUCUCUCUCUCUCACACACACACACACACACACACACACACUCUCUCUCUCUCUCUCUCACACACACACCCUCCCUCAACAGGCCCUCCUGAAAGCAAGAUCUCCCAUUGGCACUUUGGACCAAAGUUUUCCACCCCCCUUUCCUUUUAUCAUAACAAAGCUUCCAACUCAGACCACAAGAGAACUGGACUUUUCUCCCCCUGUUUCUGGCCUUCUCAUUCUUUCUCUCUCUUUCCUUGGCUCUGAAGAUGAUGGAGACUUUGUUGCAAGUAAGGAUGCCUUUAGGUCAAAUGGCCCAGGCCUAGCUGGGAGCUGAGACUGAUCCUGGAAGGGAAAGCUGCUUCCUGAGCAUCUACUUUGGUGAGGGAGUUAAAAAUGGAAAGGGGUUUGGGGUGUGUGUGUGUGUGUGCAACUGGGCCAUGUGCUUUAGAGCUGAUGGAUUAGAUGUCAUUCCUGAAGUUGUCUGAGGAUUUCUUUCAUAGCAUAGUGUAUUGACUCUGGCAGGAGUUUGUGUUGCCUAGUACUGUCCAGUGUAGAAUGCUUGCUACUAACCAGAAGGAAAUUAUUUCUCUACGAGCAGAGAUGGCAAAAGACCUUCCCAACUCUACAGUGUUAUGAUUCUAUGAUAUGUGAUUAUGAUUCAUGCUUUAAAGUAUAAAUGACUGUUUCUUUGUUUGGGUAUUUUUUAAAAGUUCACAUUUAUUUUAAGGUGAAGGAUUUACUGAAUUGCCCAGAAAGCAAGUCUCUAUAUAAUCUGCAAUGUAUGGGUAUAAUAACUUGUCAAUGCCUAUAUAUCAAACCCAUGAGAGGUACCCCCCCUUUAAUACAAUAAAUUUGUUACUACUGUUUCUCCCUCCUAAAUUCAAUUCAUGAGAGGUUAGUCCCACUGAAUUUACCUCCAAGGGCAUGACUAAGGCUGCAGUCCUAUGCACACUUAUUUGGGAGUAAGCGCCAUUCAACAAAGUGGGACUUGCCUCUGAGCAAACAGAGAUAGGACUGAGUUGUAAAGGAGCAAUCAUGUGCACACUUGGGACUAUGCUCCAGUGAAGUCAGUGGGGCUUACAUCCAAGUAAGCAUGCACAGAAUUCCACAGCAUAUUUAAUUUGAUUGGAAGCAAGAUAGCUUCUUCUUCUUUUCUUUUUGAAAAAAGGGAGAUAGAUAGUUUUCUCUGCCAGACUAAACUGCCCAGGCUUUGCAGUUGUUGUUAAAGGGCAGAGCCUUAUAUGUACCUGAGUGGAAGAAAGCAAUUUGUACCUGUGAAGAGACUGUACAGAUUGAAUCCCUUGUGUAUCUUAGGGUGGGGUAACUUAUGCUUUUCAAAUGAUUUAUUCUGGGGUGGGAGAACUUGCUUGCUUAAAAGGAGUCUUUUCGAUUUACAAAACGGUGGAGCAUAUUUUUUAGUAAAUAAUUUCUAAAAAGAAAAAAAAAUGUGUGAAUCAGGUUGGUAUCACUAAACAGGUAAAAGCACUCAGAUAAACUUGAAAGAAAGUAUCUGCACAAUUAUCUAGAUGGGAUUCUUUGUGGUAUGCAUAUUCAGGGGUUUUUUUUGGACUGCAGGCGCCCACACUCAGGGCUUUACUGAUGAAGACAAGGAAGAUCUUUUAUGACACCACCUAAGGAUUUCCCCUCAUUCACACUGGGAACCCCAAGACUUGCACCAUUUAUGAGAUAUUCACCUCCCCGCUUACAGUAGUAACAUUGUCUGUCUCCUCUUUUUUGUCCUCUCAGGAUUGUGUUCCUCAGAUUUUGCAGAAGUUGACAUUUCAGUAAAGGAGUAAUCAAGUGUUAUCUAAAUUAUUUAGAGCCUGGGAUUAAAGGCCUUAAUGCUGAGUGCUGACAAGCUUUCAAAUGUAGUCUGGGGAGGGGAAAAGUUUUGUAUUCUCUCCUCUCUGUAUAGACUUUGAAAAUAAUUUCGAUAUGUACUGUGAAUUGUUUUUAUUUUUUGGAAUUUAUGCACAGGGAAGAUGAAUAAUUCUUUUACAAGUCAUUCUCCAAAGGAAUUAAUAAGACCCUCCAAAAUACAACCCAAGCCUAUUACACCCAGGAUUGUGGCAUCUGUAAUGCCAUUCUUUUAGAAGAUCAGUUGCUUUCACAGGUACUUGUUUUUAAAAAGAGCCCUAUUGUUUUGAAACUCUUUGUUGGUUUGGUACACAGGGUGUGCAUUAAUUCAGUAAAUCUUCAUAUUUUCCCUGUUAAUCUUCUGCAUUUGGAAGCUUUGAUCCAGCAUUCCUUGUCUUCCCAAACUCCCACUGACUUCCUUCUCAUGUGUACCACAGAAUAACUGUGACAGUUAAUCACAACAUUUAACCUUCUCAUUUAAUGUUGAUAAAUGUCAAAUUCUACUUCAGCAUAUGGCUUCGGUUGGGUGAUUUGAAUAUAUGUUUAUUUAACUUAGAUUUUCUUCUUUUCUUCUUUUUCCUCCUUUUUUGUAAAGGCAAGUUACCAUAUCAGUAAAUUCUACGAUAAUGGUAUACACAAUUUCCCGUUCAUUCUCAUAUGUUGUAGUACAGGGAACAGAUUGCAGUAUAUUUAAAUGGGGGGUAGCCUGGUGUGAAUUUAAUGCAUGGUACCAGAAUGAGAUUCUCUUUGACAUACCAUUUAGAGCUAAUAUUAUCUUAGAUAAUGGGCAACUUUCCCCUGGUUUGCUGACAGAGAAAAGGAAAAUGUCAAGGUUAGGUUUUGCAAAGUGUUAUAUUUGAAUAACAUUCACAUGUUCUCCUAAAUUAGUAAGAUUGCCCCCCCUUACUUGUAUUAAUAUGCCAUUUUAUAAGGUCAAAUUCUACCACAUUUUCUCAUGCUGUGGAGUACGGUAUUCUAUCAUUGGCCUCAUCAACUUUAAAGUGUAGACUCUUGAUGCUGGGAGGAAUGGCUAUACUUGUCCCAUAGGGAUGUAUGGGAGUGUUUGUAGCUGAAAGGGAGAAAGGCUCCUCGUAUAUUACAAUAUCCUUACACAAUUCUCUAGUGACAUAAAUUACCCAUUUCUGAUUCAUAGAAAGUGUCAUUAAUCAAGUAGCAUUGGAAUAAAGAUGCUCACAAAGUCAUGAUUAGGUGAUUGUACCAAGUGUUGAAAAUGUUGAAUUUAGAUGUUAACCAUCUGAAUGUGCUUUAUUUUUUUUAUAAGGCAUGAAAUGGUGGGGAAACUUAGUUUCUGGUGGACAGUAGGAAUAUGCCGUUUACAGUAGAAUCCUACACAUAUCUGCUUAGAAGUGUCUCACAGAGUUACUCAUUUGUACUCAUUAUGCUGUUUGUGAAUGACUUUAAUAGAUUUCAUGGAGAUGGCAGGGAUCAAGCCUGCAUAAAAAAUAUGUGCUCUACCACUCAGCUAAGGUAGUAUAAAAGUUGUGUAAAGGUAUCAUCCUAGAAAACACAUUAUUUGUUCUCAAUGGGACUGACUUCAGAGUAGAUGUGUAUAGAGUUGUGCUUUCAGUGGAUUAAUUGGUUAGACUGCUGUGCAUCCCAUACAUGUCUACUCAGAAGUCAUAGAAUCAUAAAACUAUAGGGUCAUCCAGUCUAACCCCUGCAAUGCAGGAAUCUUUUACCCAACAUGGGGCUCAAACCCACCACCCUGGGGUUAAGGGUCUCAUGCUCUACUGACUGAGCUAUCCAGCUCUAAAUCAGUCUCAUAGAGCUAAAUAAGGCUUACUCCCAGGUUAGUGGGUAUAGCCGCCUGAAUCAGUUAAAAUACUUUGACAGGUUAAAAAAAAGAUGCCUCCAAUUGCAAAGGCAACAGAUUUCCUAAAAUUCUGUUUUUGUUUUUGUUUAAUCUAUUUAACCUGGUAAGCUGCUUUAAAUCAAGUCAGGCUAUUUGUUCAGCUGGUCCAAUUUCAUCUGCUCUGACUGGCAGCUUCCCAUUAUAAAUAUAACUUAUAUUUAAAAUCAAACCCCACCCAGUGUUUGGGAGAAUCUAUUGCCUGAUUAUUUGGGGGGGGGCACCUUUUAAUCCAUCAGAGUAUUUCAAUUGAUUCUAGGAGAGGUCUUGCCCACUAUCCUUUUGAAAUGGAGAUGCAAAGGAUUAAAACCGGGACCUCCUGCAUGCAAAGUGCUCUAUGACUGAGCAGUGGUACUUCUCCCUACUAGUAUGAAAACCGUGGGGCAGGUGUCGUCCAAGAAAAGGCAUUCUUUCUUUCCCACAUAGGUGAGGAUUCUUCUCUUAAGAGGGCGCCUGCUGUGACACGUGCAUUUGUCAUAUAAAAGCACAGAAUGCCCCUUGCCCCCUUUUUGAAACAAUUGUUUUUGUUUGUAUGUAAAUUUAAGCAAGUGAUCGAUUAGCAGCACAGUCCUAAGCAAAGCCCGUUUGGAUCAUUGGGGGAAAUGUGCUGCAUUUUAUUCAUUGGUUAAGAGCGAUUCCCUCGCUGCGAGAAGACAAGUUACAGGGAACCAGGCAGAGGGCCUUCUCGGUAGUGGCACCCGCCCUGUGGAACGCCCUCCCACCAGAUGUCAAAGAGAAAAAUAACUACCAAACUUUUAGAAGACAUCUGAAGGCAGCCCUGUUUAGGGAAGCUUUUAAUGUUUAAUAGGUUAUUGUAUUUUGGUGUUUUGUUGGAAGCCGCCCAGAGUGGCUGGGGAAACCCAGCCAGAUGGGCAGGGUAUAAAUAAUAUAUUAUUAUUAUUAUUAUUAUUAUUUAUUUAGAUGACCGUUCCAGUGGCUAGACUAGUGCCCCCCCUUCAAGCAACAAACAUCCAAAAGCUAUCAGAGAAGCUUGACAUUUAAAUGAUCAAUUUCCGAAGCUUAUUUUGAUAUAGAACAUUCAUAGGAUUGUAUAUUUGGAAGGGACCCUGACGAUCAUCUAGUCCAACCCCCGGCAAUACAGGAAUAUGCAGCUAUGCAUUCAGGGACUGAGCCUGCAAUUUUGCAUUAUUAUGCUUUUUUUUGGCAUACAAUUGUCCCCAGUUUUCCAUAUUAAAACACUGGGAUUAUUUAAGUUGUAUAGACUUCUUUGUUUUUAAACCUAUCAAAUUAAAGUUGCCCCUCUUGCAGUAAAGCAAAAUCUUAUCACAAGAGCUUGCUUGGAACGGAUAACAAGAAAGUCACAUUGGUUCCAGACAGAAGCUGCUGUUAAAGGAAGGUGGGAAAGAAAGGGGGAGACAAUGUUACUUGGGAGCUGGAAUAACAGCAGCCACAAAACUUGGCUCUUAAAUUGUAGUACAGUGGUACCUUGGUUCUCAAACACCGAAAACUGGAAGCAAGUGUUCCCAUUUUCGAACGUUUUUCAGAAGCUGAAUGUCCAGUGCGGUUGUUGGCUAUUGUUUCCUGGGUGCCUGCACCAAUCAGAAGCCGUGCCUUGGUUUUUGAACAUUUCAGAAGUCAAACGGACUUCCGGAAUGGAUUAAGUUUGGUGCAUUUGUUUUUGCUAUUUAUUUUGCAUUUUUGUGGCUUUUUUAAAAAAGUUAAUUUGUUUUUGUGACUGUGUGGAAGCCAGUUCAGCUACUGAUUGAUUGAUUGUGUGACUGCCAAAAUGGAUAAAAGCCCCCCAUCCAAACAAUGACUAUCAUCAAUGCAGGUAAGAAAAAGAAAUAAUUAUUAUUUUUAUCAUCUACAAUACUGUCUUAUUUAUUUUAUAGUACAGUACAUUGAUUAUUGUUUUCAUUUUAUGGAUCAGUGGUCUUAUUAGAUAGUAGAAUUCAUGUUAAAUUGCUCUUUUAGGGGUUUUUUUUUAAAGUCUGGAAUGGAUUAAUCCGUUUUGCAUUACUUUCUAUGGGAAAGUGCACCUUGGUUUUGGAAUGCUUUGGUUUUGGAAAGGACUUCCGGAACGGAUUAAGUUUGAGAACCAAGGUACCACUGUAUGACUCCCAGAGGUCCUUCAACCACUCUUUCCACAUCCCUGUUGGUGUAUGAGUAACAGAACUAUAGAAAAGAGCAAAAUAAGUCUUGGAAAGGAAGUAUAGUGGCUCCAUUCAGGGCUGGCACCAGCAUCCAGCACCCUCAUGAAAAUGCCAAGACCCAUCAUCACGGAUACAGGUCUGGUUUGUACCACCCUUUCAUUUUUCAUUUUUGUCCAGUGCUGACAGGAGUGCCAAGCCAAUGUGACUGUACUUGCCAAUCUCAUUUUUAAUUCCCUCACUAUGCAGUACCGUAUGCGCUUAUUGUGUAAGGGAAUUAAAAUGGUGGUUCUGGCAGGUGUAGCCAUGUGGGUCCAGUGCUCUUGUCAGUGUGAGUAUUCAGAUAAGCCUCCCAGGUGUGUGCAUGUGGGUCUGUUCCAAAGGCCACUCAAACGUGAAGAAGCCAGCCCUGGCUGAUCAGUGGUCACUAACUUAGGGCUCUCAAAAUGUUAGGCAGGGCCUCUGUACUGGAACCUGGCAAUCCUAUCUGACACCACUAUUGACUGACUGAAAGCUGCCUGUAGCCAUUCCCAACGUCAAAUUUCAGAGAGGGCAUUCCCUGUGGCAGCCUCUAAGCUAUGGAAUUUCCUCCCCUCAGGGGUGCAUCUGGUACCUUCACUGUAUAACUCCCUUCUUAGGUUUAAGGUCCACCUCUUUAUGAUGGUCUUUGACAUCUAUGGUUUGUAGGAUCCAUGUGAUUCUUCUGAUUGAUGUACCUCGGGUUACAUACACUUCAGGUUACAUACCCUUCAGGUUACAGACUCCGCUAACCCAGAAAUAGUGCUUCAGGUUAAGAAUUUUGCUUCAGGAUAAGAACAGAAAUUGUGCUCCGGCAGCAUGGAAGCAGCUGGAGGCCCCAUUAGCUAAAGUGGUGCUUCAGGUUAAGAACAGUUUCAGGUUAAGAACGGACCUCCGGAACGAAUUAAGUACUUAACCUGAGGUACCACUGAAUUGGUUAUAAUCUUGUGUUUUUAUAUUGCUGUAACCCACCCUUAUGCUGAGGCCUUAUGCUGAAUGGUGAGUACAAAAGCUGCAUAAUAAUAAUAAUAAUAAUAAUAAUAAUAAUAAUUCAAAUGCACCACAAGCUUGUCAGCAAAUGGCAGAUGGUUGAGGGAAAGCCGUAUUUUUCAGUGCUGAAGGACAUACACAAAAACAUGAAAACAGCCUUUUUUUAAAAAAAAAAGUUUAGGGGAUCCUGAUAUUCCAAAUAUGGGAACUAGAUAAUGUGAUGCCCUCUAGAUGUUUGAACUGUGAAUCCCAUCAACCCCAGCUAGCAUGGCCAAUGGUCAGGAAUGAUGGAUGUUGUAGACCACAACAUUUGGAGGGCACCAUGUUGACUCCACCUGGCCUAAUGAGCCUUGUUUAAAUGCAGGGGCUUGUUCCUGAACACCAUCUCUUAUCUAGGUCCAUAGGAAAUUGAUCAUGUCCACCAUUGGUUCUGCUCUGCACUCUCUUUGACUUUUGUGACUAGAAAGCACAAAAGCUCUCAUCAAUAAAUUAUGCCAGCCAGGCAUAUUUGCAUAGAUUCACUUAAUUCUCUCUAAUUUAUUCCAGUGGUGAAAUUAAGAUUUCAUAGAAAUCAUGUUGUUUAUAUCCUGCCUUUCCUCCAAGGAGCCAAGAAUAGCAUUCAGGCCUCACAACAAUUCUAUAAAAUAGUGUGGGUUGAAAAACAGGAUCUUUACAAGGGGUAAGAAAACUGCUUUGAGGGUGUUGUUGUUUUUUAACCAUCAAGUGGUAUAUACAUUUUAGGAAACAAUUAAAUUAUGAAAUAAGAAGGCAUUUGCCACAGAUUGAUGCUGACCUGUGAGGUAAAAUUGUCAUUUGUAAGGGCUGAGGCUCAUGUGGUCUAGAGCAGUAAUGGGAACGAGCAAUAUGUGGAUUAGAGUAAGGAGGAAAAGCUUGAGGCAUGACAAGUGAUAGGGAAGAAUGAGGAAGGCUUAUAUGCUGGUCAACAGGAACACACACAGGGGCACACAGCAAACGUGCAUACUUCUGGCUGCCCUCUAGCAUACAACACAACUGGAACAAAAGGGAUAAAACAAAACAGGAAUGUUUUCGAGGAAUAAUACAGACCCCAUGGUGACAUCAGGACUGGACAGCUUGUCAGUCAUGCAGGGGGUGGGCAGCCAGAACAUCUGAUGUCCUAGCUAAUGUUUAUUUCUGCUUUUGACCUGCAUCUUUUGGUGUCCCCCCCCUUUCAACCGAGAACAUACCUUGAAGGGAAAAGUGGGGGAAUGGAGAUGGGAGUUUCUCCUUUUGCCACAUUACAUAUUUAUUUUCUGUCAUAUGAGAUCCUGCUGCUACUGCUUUUACCACAGAUAGUUUGGGCAAGGCAGGGACUGAAACUUCCCCAAAUAUCUGAGCCAAAAGCUAGCUAGCAGCUGUAGAAAUAUCACAAUCUCUUAAUGGCUGCUGAGCUGAUGAUGUUAUUUAAAAUAAAAAUACAGUAGUGUGGCAUUCAUAAAGACACGUGGAAGCAUCCAGGAUAUCUGCUGUAAACAGAGUGUUGUGAAUGUAAACUCAAUGGCAAACUGCUAGUUUAUUUACAUUUUUAAACAAGAUCUCUAUAGUUGUGUGGUUGGGGGGGGAUAGCCCAUUUAUAAAGAGUUGGAUGGUGCUACCUCUCUAUGUCAAAUCCCAUUUAUCUGAGUGUUGCUGGCGCGUUCAAUAGAGAAAGUGUGUCCUGCACACAUUCUGCCUCAGUGUAGAGAACGGGUGCAAGGAGUUCACAGCCCCACAGCUGAGGUUGUGGGGAGAGGAGAGAGCGAGAGAGGCCCCUGGGGCCAGUUCAGACAAAAAGCCAAGAAAACAGCAGGAGACCACAGUCAGGGGAAGAAGGCCCCAAGCUAUGUGCCUGGUGUUAAAACAGCAAAAAUGGUAAGGGCUUCUUUUCGUGUGUGAGGAUGGGGGAGGGGAGGGGAAGGACCAAUAUGGUGACAAUUUUCAAUUGUUGAGCUUCCAUAUAAAUUCUUACCAACUCUGGUUUUGCGUAACAUAGUAAGGGAAAUCAGAUACAUCAGUCCCAGUUCCAUUUAGAAUCAUUUUGGAACCUGUGAAAUCAAGUUUGCGUAUUGUGAAAAACCCCAUCCCUUCCACAGUGCCAUCCAUAAAGGUCCCAAAGAUCUGUACUGAAAUAAGUGAGUAUAAUUUAAUUUAAUUAUGUGGCAUCCUGGCAUUCUCAUUCUUUUCACCAUUAUUUGAUUCACUAACCCUAUUAUUUUAUUCUCUGUAUGUAUGUGUGUGAGAGAUUGAAAGGAAAGAGAUAACGUGUAUUUCCAUCCAAAGUUCAGCAGUCAGGGCUCUUCUCUUCUGAAUCAGAGAGUCCAAAGUAAAAGCUGCAUUCAGCAAUUUGUUCAGGAGCUAGGCUUGAACUACAAAGAAGCCUCAUGGGCACCAUUUUGAUAUAUCCUGAACCAAAUCAAGCUGAUUUGGGUGGUUUUGGGAUUUUCCUGUUGUGGAUUGAGGCAGUCCCAGAUUGCCCCAAAUUAGGGAUACCCAGUGCAAUUUGGGACUGUCAAAAUGGGGGAUGGAGGUAUUGGGCAACCACAUACUUGAUUAGAGCUUUCUAUCCCAAUUAACUCUUUCAUGGAUCACUGCCUUGCCGUGGUAAAGGGGCUUGAAUAACCCAGAGAAGCUAUGAGCUAUGCCAUGCAGGGCCACCCAAGAUGGACAGGUCAUAGUGGAGAGUUUUGAUUAAAUGUGAUCCACCUGGAGUAGGAACUGGCAAGCCACUCCAGUAUCCCUGCCAAGAAAACUCCAUGGACAAAGACAACAGGCAUAUAAAAGUUAUGACGCUGGAAGAUGAGCCCCUCAGGUCGGAAGGCGUCCAACAUGCUACUGAGAAAGAGCAGAGGACAAGUACAAGUACAUUCAGAGCUGAUGAAGCGGCUGGGCCAAAGCUGAAAGGUCACUCAGUUGUGCAUAUGUCUGGAAAUGAAAGGAAAGUCCAAUGCUGUAAAGAAAAAUAUUGCAUAGGAACCUGGAAUGUAAUAACCAUGAACCUUGGUAAGCUGGAUGUGGUCAAAAAUGAGAUGGCAAGAAUAAAUAUUGACAUCCUGGGCAUCAGUGAACAAAAAUGGAUGGGAAUGGGGCAAUUCAGUUUGGAUGACCAUCAUAUCUACUACUGUGGGCAAGAAUCACGUAAAAGAAAUGAAGUGGCCCUCAUAGAGACCAAAUUGCAAACAUGCGUUGGAUUAUGGAGAAAGCUAGAGAGUUCCAGAAAAACAUCUACUUCUGCUUCAUUGACUAUGCAAAAGCCUUUGACGGUGUCGACCACAGCAAACUAUGGCAAGUUCUUAAGGAAAUGGGAGUGCCUGAUCACCUCAUCUGUCUCCUGAGAAAUCUCUAUGUGGGACAAGAAGCUACAGUUAGAACUGGAUAUGGAACAACUGAUUGGUUCAAAAUUGGGAAAGGAGUACGACAAGGCUGUAUAUUGUCUCGCAGAAUUCAUCAUGUGAAAGGCUGGGCUGGAUGAAUCCCAAGCUGGAAUUAAGAUUGUCAGAAGAAAUAUCAGUAACCUCAGAUAUGCAGAUGACACAACCUUGAUGGCAGAAAGUGAGGAGGAAUUAAAGAACCUUUUAAUGAGGGUGAAAGAGGAGAGCGCAAAAUAUGGUCUGAAGCUCAACAUAAAAAAAACCUAAGAUCAUGGCCACUGGUCCCAUCACCUCCUGGCAAAUAGAAGGGGAAGAAAUGGAGGCAGUGAGAGAUUUUACUUUCUUGGGCUCCAUGAUCACUGCAGUUGGUGACAGCAGUCAUGAAAUUAAAAGACACCUGCUUCUUAGGAGAAAAGCAAUGACAAACCUAGACAGCAUCCUAAAAAGCAGAGACAUCACCUUGCCAACAAAGGUCCAUAUAGUUAAAGCUAUGGUUUUCCCAGUAGUGAUGUAUGGAAGUGAGAGCUGGACCAUAAAGAAGACUGAUUGCCGAAGAAUUGAUGCUUUUGAAUUAUGGUGCUGGAGGAGACUCUUGAGAGUCCCAUGGACUGCAGGAAGAUCAAACCUAUCCAUUCUGAAGGAAAUCAGCCCUGAGUGCUCACUGGAAGGACAGAUCUUGAAGCUGAGGCUCCAAUACUUUGGCCACCUCAUGAGAAGAGAAGACUCCCUGGAAAAGACCCUGAUGUUGGGAAAGACUGAGGGCACAAGGAGAAGGGGACGACAGAAGAUGAGAUGGUUGGACAGUGUUCUCGAAGCUAUGAACAUGAGUUUGACCAAGCUGCGAGAGGCAGUGGAAGACAGGAGUGCUUGGCGUGCUCUGGUCUAUGGGGUCAUGAAGAGUCAGACACGACUAAACGACUAAACAACAACAUCCCAAUUAAAUGGGGGGGGGGGGCAGGGAGAUGCAAGCAGAUACUCUCACCAGUCUUUCUCUCCCCCCCCACUCCUUACCAAUGAUCACGUUAAAUUAGGGGUUAAAACCCUGAUUAAACAUGUGGUCGGAAGGUGGGGGAGGAGACACAGGUGAGAGUCUGUGCUUGUGUCUCUUUCUGCCCCUUCUUUUCACUGCUAACCACAUGUUUAAUUGGGAUUUAAAACCCUAAUUAAACAGGACUGGGCAAGGGCCUCAAUUUACUUUGGGGCCUGGGCUAAGCUUGAGACAGAUUGGGCCCAAUCCGAGGUGCUGAAUCAGACCCUGAAAUGGAUUGGGGGAGGGGCUGUGCACAGCCCUGCUAUGUAUGACAGAUUUGAAACAGGGUCACUUCAGUCAUGGUGGUUUAGAAGUUCUUAUAUUUUGAACUGCUCUGAGAUCUGCUAAUGAAUGGUGGUAUACAAAUUUAACAAGUAAUAACAAUAAGUUUAGCAGUGUAACAUAUUCCUGCCCCCACUACACUGGUUCCUGCAAUUCCCCAGCUCCCCAACAAACAUUUUAACUAUUUCAGGCUUAUAGAAUUUGAAAGAGGGUGAAUAUACUGUCCUUGUGAGGAGGAAUUAGAGUGCUUUCCACCAGCCAUUACUAUUAUUCUGCGUAGCGAGACUGUUUCAGAGUGCAAGCACUGAAGUUGUUACUCAUAAGUAUUAUUACUGUUGAGUAUUAUUACAUUAAAGUGCUGCUUCAGAGGCCAACCGUUGAUGUCCUUAUUCUUAACCAUUAUUAAGACUUUGAAUAGUUCUAUAGUUUAAAAAUAAUUUUAUUUUUACACAUGGGAAGCUGAAGCUGAGAUAAUGUACCUUGCCCCAAAGCACCAAUGAGGGCCAUUUCAUUUUAUUUUAUUUCCAUGCCAUUCCAUAACCAGUGUUCUCUGGAUCUCUGACAUAGAAAGUUAAAAUACAACCCAGAAUCAAUGCAACAAUAAAAUGUAUAUGUGGUAUAAAACCAAACAGCAGCAGAGAUAAAAACACGAAUGCUUAUUCAUAGAUGACCACAACCUGAAACAAUGACCUGAGGGGUUGAUGUGUGAGUCUGUGGGAAAAAAGCAACAAAAGAAUUUUGUGGCACCCUAAAGACUAACAAAUCACAUUUAUUGAUUUUAUUAGAGCACUUUAUAUCCUGCCUUUUAGUGUAAAUAAAUACACCAUUCAUAGUGUACACCACCACACAUGAAAUGCCAUAAACAGAGUUUGGGGUAUUGCUUGCCUCACCUCAAGAAUAAAGUAAUAAAGUAAUUAACACACUCAUUGUGUGUGAGGUUCUCGUGAAACAUGGACCACUUAUAAACGCCAUCUCCAACUCCUCGAAAGAUUCCAUCAACGGUGUCUCUGAAAAUUUGUACACAUCACUUGGGAAGACAGGCGAACUAAUAUCAGUGUACUGGAAAAAGCAAAGAUAACCAGUGUUGAAGCAAUGAUUCUUCAACAUCAACUUUGUUGGACUAGUCAUGUUGUGCAGAUGCCUGAUGAUCAUCUUCCAAAGCAACUUCUCUAUUCUUAACUUAAAAAUGGAAAGCAUAAUGUUUGUGGUCAACAAAAGAGGUUUAAAGACUGUCUCAAGGAAAUCUAAAAAAAUGUAGUAUAAACACUGACAACUGGGAAACACUGGCCUUGAGCGCUCCAGUUGGAGAACAGCCUUUACCUAAGGUGUCAUGGGCUUUGAAGACACCCAAACUCAGGACGCAAGGGAGAAAUGUGCUAGGAGGAAGGCACGCUUGGCAAAUCCACACCAUGAUCAACUCCUGCCCGGAAACCAAUCUCCCCACUGUGGAAGGAUGUGUGGAUUCAGAAUUGGCCUCCACAGUCACUUAUGGACUCACUGUUAAAACUGUGUUUAUGGAAGACAAUCUUACUCGGCUACGAGUGAUCGCCAAAGAAGAAGAAGAAGAGUGUGAGGAGUUAGUGAAUGAUGAGUGAAUCAGCCCAGAGGAACAGUGAGUCUACUCCAAUGACAAUACUCUGUCCCUUGGACUACAAAUGUUUUUCUGUCAGAUGUUGGGCCAUCUCUCUGUGUUGAUCAUUAAAGUUCUGGAUGCACUCAUGCAAGCAUGCAUGCAAGCAAGCAAGCAAGCAAGCACACCUCUAUCCAUUUCCUCUAUUUCUCUGGCCUGUGGCAGAAUCUCAAAGCACUGGAGUGGGGAGAAGAGAUGAAGACACUUGGAUUUCCCUAACCCCAGCUUUAGGGUCCGCUCAAGACAUUUCACUACCUGAGGCAAAGAACAAAAGGGAGGAGAAUGGGUACAAAAUUUAGAACGAAUUGGCUCUUUAUUUCAUUGGCGCUGACUCCAUCGGUUGUUGGUCUGCCUGCCUUCUGCCCUACCAAUCCCAAUGGGCACCAACUACUUUUUAAGGAUUAGAUGAAAUAAAACAAUUCAGGGAGCGAAGGAGCCAAACAGAGCUAGUCUUUCAGCUGAGAUGAUGGAGCAGCUUCAUGUCCAAUCUUUCCUUCUGGAUAGGUGAAAUGGAUUCUGCCAGGUGACUCCUGAGAGAAGGAGGGAGGGAGGAACCUGAUGGAGCUGGUCUCUCAGCAGACCUGAUAGAGGGACCCUGCUUCUUAACUUGCGAACUGCCCUGAAACCUGUGGAUAUAGGGUGGUAUACAAAUUUAAUAAAUAAUAAUAAUAAACUCUUCAGCUGCUGCAACCUGAUGGAUCUGUCACAUAUCAAGUCAGAUCAUUUUCUUAUCUGGGUUUCAUCCAGUGCUACUUCUACUCAGAGUACACCCAUUGAAAUUAGUAGCCAUGGCUAACUUCAGUCCAUUAAUUUCAGUCAGUCUACUGUGAAUGAAACUUACCUGGACACAACCCUAUGUCAGCAACUAUCUAAGACCUCAUAAGAACAUAAGACCACUGCUAGAGCAGAGCAAAGUCCAUCUAGUUCAGCAUCCAUAGUGGUCCAAACAAAUGCCUAUGGGGAGGACAUGAGCACAACAGAAUUCUCUCUUCUUGUGCUCCUCAGCAAUUGGUACCCAGAGGCAUACCACCUCCAGUGCUGAGGUACAAAGCCAUGGUGGCUAGUAGCCAUUGACAGCUUUAUCCUCCACAAAUUUCUCUAAACAUCUCUAAAGCCACCCAAGCUGGUGGACAUUACUAUAUUUUGUUUGACUAUGCGUUCUGUGAAUAAAUUCUUCCUUUUGACUGUUCUGACUAUUACAAUGGGCAGAUUCACUAGAUGACUCUGUUCUAAUAUGAAGAGUCUGGGAGAAAACUCCAUCACACCAUGCAAACAUUAAUAUACCUCUGUCAUAUCCCCCCCUUAGUUACCUUUUUGCUAAAUUAAAAAUCUCACGCACGUGCCUUUCCCAGCCCUGCUCUCUUUUAACUGGAGGAGCCAAGGAUUGAACCGGGGCUCUCCUGCAUGCAAGGCACGCACCCUCCCACUGAGCUACGGCCCCAUGUUGUAUUGACUUGGAAGUCUAUUGAUCUUGAACCAUUAUUAGUUGGCAUGCAGUCUCAUAGGAAUAAGCUCUUUGCAAGUUUACUGGGCUUUAAAGUGAAGAAUAUUAUUGGUGUAGGUUCUGUGUAGAAUGCUAGACCAUUCAUAAAAUAAAAAUUAUAGCUGCAAGUUCUUUUCUUUAAUGAGUUGUUUCAGGCUUGUCGAGUAAAGUUCAAAGUAUACCUUGCAGAGUAAUUACAGUUCUAAAUGGUAUAGAAUAUAUAAUAAAUUAUAUAGCAUCAGUAUUAAACCUUAUGCCAUGCUCCUCGUGAGAACAACCCAUUUCACAAGUUUUGUUCUUCAUGUCGUUUGAUUCAAUAUUUGACGUUAAACAUUUCCAGCUAAAGAGAAGAUGAGAUGAUUAUCUCCCAAAGCUCGUUUAAGCCACCGUUCAUUGGGUUACAGCCAAUUUGGCCUCAGUGAUGAUCACUGGCUUAGUUUAUAGCUUAAUUUGAAUACUUCUUGCACCAGGAAAUAAAUGUCUACCAUGGCUACUACCGCAUCAAAAUGGCAUCACUGCUGUACAUAGUGGUGUCAUGCUACAAAUUCAUGCCUCCACAACCUGUGACACAUCAAGACAAAGACAAGCUGAAACUCCUCUAAUCCUUUUUUCUUUUUCUUUACAAAGUUGUUAUUGUACUUCACCAGAUCUUAGCAUACUACAGUAUUUGUAAGAAUGGAUUACAAAUUACAUUGAAUUUGUCCAUAGCAAGUCUGCGUUUAUAUGCAAAUUGUUCAUAUGUUGCACGUUUGUAUAAGUCUUCAAUCCAAUCAUAGAAUGGAGCUGCAUUUUUAUUUUUCCAGUUCAUCAGUAUCAGUCUUUUUGCUGUGGUAAGGGCACAGAGAGACCACUCAUAUUGUCCUUUUGUAAGGUUCCAUGUGCUGGGUAGAUAAUUCAAGAGGAUAUUUUGCUCUGUAACUGUAAGCUUGUUCCGUACAGUUCUGUUGAUAGUUUCAGUUACCUUCUGCCAAAACUCUUUCAAUAUAGGACAAUGAAAAAACACAUGGAAACUCAUCUCAUCCUAAUUAUCUUUGCUUAGAACAUAAGAGCCUGCUGAAUCAGGCCAAUGGCCCAUGUAAUUCACGAUCCUGUUCUCAUAGUGACCAAGCAAAAACCUGUGGGAUUUGUGGUUAGAAUUGUGCUUUAGAUAAGUAAGGAACCUUCCUCUUAACUUUCUUUUCAAUUUGAUGCUAGCAACUUAAGCCGUACCCUAACUACCUAUACUCAGAAGUAAGUCUUAUUGAAUUCAUUAAUGUACACUCACAGUUAAGUGAGGUUAGGAUUAUUACCUGGGAACUCAGUGGGACUUAUUUUUAAGUAGACAUGGUUAGGAUUUCACUGUUAGAUGCCAUGAUUGUCAUAACCUGUCAGAAUUUGGCGAAAACAAACCACAAUUUAAAAUUGUGUGUGUGUGUGUGUGUGUGUGUGUGUGUAUUUGAAUGACACCUAAAAACCAUGAGGAAUGUGCCAAUGUGGAAAUCCGAUGUGGUGUAUUAGCCAGCAAGCUAGGCUAGGGUUUAGAGAAGCAAGGUACAAAUCUAUACUCACCUUUGAAACUCACUGAGUAGCUUUGGGUAAGCCUCUGUCCCUCAGUCUACCCUACUUAUCAGAGCUGUUUUGAAGCUAAAACUAUGCUUCUGAGUUCAUUGAAAGCAAAUUACAAAUUUAACAAUUUUGUAAAAUAAUAAUAAUAAUAAUAAUGAUAAUAAUAAUAAUAAUAAUUUAAGAUUGAUAUGAUGCACUUCACUAUAAAUGGUCACAAAGUUCAUCACAACAUUUAAAAUUAUACCAAACCAACAAAAGUAUGAAGCAAAAUUUACAGCUCAGUUCUAGAAAACCAGUCCUUUAUCACCAUAGUUUACCCUGAGAUAUGCAUGUUGGGAUCCACUCUGUUCUCUUGACUGUAAUAGUCAAUAUGCAACAAAUGUAUCCCAUUCUACUUGCACAACAGGACUGCCCCCCACUCCACCUGCGCACCCUACACUUUCCCCAAAUCUGCUCCAGAGAGUGUUGUGGGAAUCUCUGGAACAAAUUUAGGUGGGCAUGUGGGGAUAAACGGAGAGGAAAGUCCUGUUGUGUAAGCAGAAAUCCUUGCACUGACAGGACUGUGACUUAGCUCUGCUUUAAAUACAACUUAAUCUGUUUCAACUGUUUUUAAUAUUGCAUUCUUAAUCUGUUGUAAGCCACCCUGGCGAAAGAUGGCUAAGAACUCUAAUAAAUAAUACCAACAAAAAUAUUACCAUACAGCCCCACACAGUUAAAAUACUCAGAAGUCCUGUAGCAAGAGGAUGAAUUUCAACUGGUGCUGUCAGUUGAACUGUGUGUGUGUGUGUGGGGGGGGAAGCGCUCCAUGUUUAUGUGCCAUAAAAAACCUGGAACUCCGCCUGACAAAAAACCCCUUAAAACAGUAUUUCUGAAUUGUAAGCAGAAUGUUAUUGCCGAAUCCACACCUCAAUAAAUUAUUAACCUUUUGGAGACCCGUAGCAGGAGGUAUUUUAAGGUUAAAAAAUAAAGAAGAGAAGAUAAAUAGAGGGCAUCAUGCAUUAUAAUGGAAGUUGUUUGUUCAAAUCCUAGGAGAAAUAGAAGUGGAUUAACAGGCUUUAACUUCACCGUUUGAAAGGAAACAUGUGUCUUUGCACAGGGUGAGUAGCAGGGUGAAGAUGUACUAUUAUUUGCUACCUUUUUGAUGUGUCUUGUUUAACAUUUGCUCAUAUGUUUAGUCAAAUGAGACAGAACAUUUGUAUAUACUUUACUGAAUGAGGUGGGACAGUUCUAGGACAUGAGCGCACCAAUGAUAUAAACUACACACAUUAUUCUGUCAAGGUGAUGGCUAGGCUGGCAAGCCUGGACAUUAAAUACAGCGAGACACAAUCAAUCUUCUGCUCAAUUGUUUUGGUUGCUAUCACUUGAUCUGUUCACAUCUAGCAAUAUUCAAAUGCUGUGAGAGCCGCAAAUCCUGAGGAGAAUCUAGCUCAGGCUGUGUACAUGCUAUACCUUUAGAUCAUAUUCAAAACACAUUUACCCCUGUAAAGAACUCUGGGAUUGUUAAGGGUUGCAGGGAAUCACAACUCUGUGAGGGGUAAACUACAAUUCCCAGUAUUCUCUGUGGGGAAAAUGUGCUUCAAAAGUGCUUUAAAUGUCUAGUGUGUAUGUAAUCCCAGUCUGUUUUGCUAGGCUAAUACACAGAAACAAAGCUCCACAUGGAGGCCAUUUUUUAUUUUAUGGUUACAUGGCACACCUGCUCUAAAAGCAAGCCAGAGCAGUGGCUCACCUCACAAACUGGACACUGCAAAACACCAAAAAGGCCUUUGUGGGAGUACAGAGAAAAUUGCCAGACCAUUAAGUGCCAAACCUCCUCUCAAAAAUGGCUUCCCUGGGCAGAUCAGGAACCACAAAGAAUAAUGACAUUUCAGUGGCUGUCUUUCAUGUGAACUGUCACAAAAUGGAAAUUGGCAGAAGAGAGUCAAUCAGACAGUGAUGAUUUUUGUUAAGUUGUGGGUGAACAUAUCAGACAACACAGCGAUUCUUCAAACAGCUCUUGUUUAUUCACAGGCCAGAACAGAAUUGAACUGAAGGGUUCAGUCAGCCUGCUUAUAUAGAGCUCCAGUACAACGUAACUGUAACAAUUUUCUAAAACUAUCCAAUCACUGAACAUCACUUUCGAUCCCUUAUUUGCAUAACUAUCUACAGUACCCCCUGCUGGCCCAGGGUGAGAACUUCAGUACAUAACAAUUUUGGUACCUCAGUGCUACGCUAGAAGAUUGAUAUAGAGAAGUUGUGUGGAAGCUGUAUUUCAUUAGGGUUUUUAGUAUUUUGACUGGUGUUUUAUGGCAGCCAUGCUGACUCUAUGAUUCUUCUAGUAUACUUGCAGAUGUGCAGAGGUCAUCAUAUAUAGUGACACAAAGGCUGGUAUCAGACAAAUUUAGUAACGCAUCUGUUCUCCAACAUGCUAUCAUGUCUUGGCCUUGACAUCUAUUUAACCUGGCAUGCAUUUGUAGAAAAAAAGAAGAAACUGACGAUUUGUGCAUCUGAUUUAAGUUCAGAAGUUAAAUGGUUAACAUGUUACUUUUACUUAGAUUAGGAUGGGGCACAUGUAAUUCUCCAUGCCUUGUUGAACUACAACUCCUAACACAAUCCUGAGUAUUGGCCAUGCUGGUUGGAGCAGAUGGGAGGCACCAGCUUGGCUACCCCUGUUGUAAUGUGGCCUUGAAAAGCCACAGCAAGCCAACCAAAAUUUUCAGUUGCAGUUGGUCAACACUUUUUUCAACACCAGCUUUGGUCAAUGAGAAGCAUGAAGAGGCACACUUUCACUUCUUCAGCCCUCCCCACGCUUUGGCCCUGCAGAUGUUGUUGGUCUACUACUCUCAUCAUCUCUGACCAUUGGCCACAUUGACUGAAGAUGAUGGGAGCUGUAGUUCAAAACAUCUGGGUGAGGGACACCAGGUUGGAGAAGGUUGCUUCAAAGAAAUUAGGCAUCCAGGAAUAUAAUUGCUUUAUUGAUUCUUAGUAUGAAAACCACUCAUCUUAUUGGUAGAUGGUCCCUGCAAUACAUUAUUAUUAUUAUUAUUAUUAUUAUUAUUAUUAUACCAUUAUUUCUUAGGUAAAAGUAGCUCUUUGUCUCAAAAUGAUGAAGCAAGCAACCAAAAGAGAAAUCACCCACCAAACCAUAC